AUGGUCGAGUCGUUCGCAAACAUGGAUACCAUGAUGGGGGCUAUCAUAGUAGAGUACCACAUGGCGGGCGACCUGUCGCAACUCAUCACAGAAUCCCAAAAGGAAAUCGGCACCGAAGCCGUGAAGAACAUCUUCAAGGACCUCGCUGCCGCCCUUGCCUACUGCCAUUACGGCAUCCGCGCCCCCGACAGCCCUCUCCCCAACUGGGAUGCCGUCAUCCACAAAGACAUAAGGCUCGAGAACAUCUUCCUCAGCCCUGACAACAACGCACCGGGCGGCCUUAUCUCGAUUCUCGGAGAUUUCGGUUCAUCCACCAACGAAGCCGCCGAGGCGCAGCUGCGCCGGCAGCCACGGGGCGCCAUCCGCCCCGGGGGCGACCCAGACUGGCUACCGCCAGAGGCGCCGCGCCUCACCGCGAAGAGCGACGUCUGGGGGCUGGCGACCGUCAUGGCGUGCGUGUGCCAGCGCGUCGCGCAGCCGCGAGAGCUUCGGAAAACGCUCGGGAACUACCACGUCGGCGGCGACGACGGCCGUUCCCACUAUGAGAUCCAUGCGCGGUACGGUCGGCGGUUUGGAGAGAUCGUGAGGGAGAUGGAGAGGGAGGAUGUGGGGCGGAGGUGGGAUAGCAGGAAGGUGUUUCAGGAGGUUGAGGUUGGCGUGGUGUAUACGCCGUGGCAGGAGCCGGGGUAUUAG